AUGGCUUCCUUUUCUCCUUCACCUCUACUAACUCUUUGUUUCAUAACCCUCUUCUCCAUCUUCAUCUUCAUCUCCACCAUCUUAAACCCUAAUUUCAUAUCCAACCUGAACUCAUACAACUCUCAUGACUUCCCACCUGUUCUACCUUCAUCUCUCCAUCACCAGAUCUCAAACCUGCAAACCCAAUUUGGGAUCUUGCUAGAAAAGAUCCAUUCCGAAGAAAAAGAAUCAUCCAAAACACUUUCAAGAUUCUCCGAUCAAGUCCUUCGUGUUGCUCUACUUCUAGACAAGCUUUCCGAGAGUCUCUCGGGCUUGCAUGGCGACACCACGAUCGCCACAAGCGUAACGUAUCAAGAUUCGACACAACCCGAAGAAACCGAAGCUGAAAACCACGAAGAAGAAGAAGAAGAAAGAUUCAUCGAAUUAUCGGAAAAAGUUCUUCAUUACACAAACCCUAAACCUAACAGAUUACCAGAUGGCAAAAAGAACUUCAUGGAUCUUGAAGCCAUUAACCCAUCAAUCGGCCUCGGGUGCACCCGAAUGACUGCGAAUCUCGACCGUUACUCGACUUACAAACCCUACAGUAAUUGUCCAGACGAUUCGGAAUUCGCUCAGAAACUUAUCUUAAGAGGGUGUGAUCCAUUGCCAAGAAGGAGAUGUUUCUCAAGAUCACCUCCAAAUUACAACAACCCACUUCCCUUAAGCUCCUCUCUUUGGACUCAACCCAAUGAUUCUAACAUCUUAUGGAACCAUUACACCUGCAAGAACUACAACUGUCUUAUAUCAAUCGACACGAAGAACAAACAAGGGUUUCAUAAAUGUGCAGACUGCUUCAAUCUUUCCAAAAAAGGAUGGGAAGUUCCGUUAACGGAUUCUGAAUCAGCCGAAAUCAGCAUCGAUGAAGUUCUAGCAUUGAAAAGAACCGAGAUUCGUAUCGGUCUAGAUUUUAGCCCGACAACGGGGAGUUUCGCAGCGUUGAUGAGGGAAAGAAACGUCACGAUUGCUUCGGCUACGCUCAAUUUAGGUGCACCGUUUAACGAGGUGAUAGCGUUACGAGGGCUGCUCCCUUUAUACGUAUCUAUAGGUUCGAGACUCCCGUUCUUUGAUAACACGCUUGAUUUGGUUCAUUCGACUCUUUUCUUGGACGGGUGGAUCGGGUUCGAGCUUCUCGAGUACGUCGUGUUCGAUUGGGAUCGGGUUCUUAGACCCAAAGGGAUGUUGUGGUUGGAUAGAUUUUUCUGCAAGAAGGAAGACAUGAAAGGAUACAUAAGUGUGAUUGAGAAAUUGAAGUACAGGAAGGUGUUAUGGAGGGUUGUAACAAAGAAAGAUAGGGUUGAAAAUGAGCUCUUUUUAUCUGCAGUUCUUGAAAAGCCUUUGAGAGCUAUGUAA